AUGACGGACACACAAGACAAGAUUGUCGAGGCCAAUGGCAACAAUGACCAUCUGGUCCAGUCGGACGACCCAGAGCAUCCUGCCAACUUGAUCCCGGAGCUCUGUCGCAAGUUCUAUAACUGGGGAUGGGUCACUGGUACUGGCGGCGGGACAUCGAUCCGCCGUGGAGAUCACAUCUACAUCGCUCCGUCCGGCGUCCAGAAAGAGUUGAUACAACCCCAGAAUCUCUUCGUCCUCCAAUACCCCACUCCUAAAUACCCUCCGUCGGAGCGCAAAUAUAUUCGCAAGCCUCAGGACCUGAAGCCAUCUGCGUGUACCCCUCUGUUUCUGGCCGCCUUCGACCGCGGCGCUGGUUGUUGCAUCCACACGCAUUCACAAUGGGCGGUGCUGGUGACGCUGCUCGUCGAGCGCGACCACGGUAAAGACGCCUACUUCGAGAUCAGCAACAUCGAGCAGAUCAAGGGUAUCCCCAGGGGCAAGGGCAAAGGCAUGCUCGGUUUCCACGAUACCUUGAGAAUCCCCAUUAUUGAGAACACCGCGUUUGAAGAGGAUCUUACGGAGAGCCUGGAAAAGGCAAUGGACCAGAAUCCCGAUACCUAUGCGGUUCUGGUACGGAGACAUGGAAUGUUCGAAGGACCAAAUAGAAAAUCAGAUAACGGUCAACUAGGUCUUUCCCCAAGUCAACGCCCAGCGCAGCGCAUCGAUCGUUGCUUCUGGCACCCUUUCCUCUCGCGCAAUUCGAACAGUGAGCCUCCAGUUCUUCGCGUUGAAAUGGAUUUAGAUGGUGGAGAAUCCCCAUGGGGCGACGUGCCCUCGCAGUCGACUACGAGAAAUGACGAUACGGUACACAGUGGGUCCUCGACAUCCGCGGCUCCCAGUCAGCCGACAACGCAAGACACGUUAACGACACCGCGAUCGCCUGUCCGACGAGGGCCUAGAACACCCCGGAAGAUCAGCGCUCAGGCCACAAAGUUGGAAGCUGUCGAUGAUGCUGCCGAUCCGCUGGGACCUCUCGGAGACAAAUCGUUGGGCGAAGAAGCGCCUGCGCCGCCUCAGAAGGAGCCGUUUUCUGCGCACACUACCCGGCCCACGUCAUCCACUUCGCAAUCCUCGAGUGCAGCAGGGUUGAUGGGUUCAGUGAGCUUGGACGAUGACCAACGGAUCAAGGGCCCUCCACCAGUUCAGCCUCCCCCAAGUACGGAAGGUCCCAAGAGACAAACACAACCCAGUAUAAGCGUGGAAGAGGCAGCCAAGCCGACAUUUCAUAUUACGGUUGGCGACCCGCAUAAAGUGGGUGAUCUAACGAGCAGCCAUAUCGUAUAUCAAGUCCGGACCAAGACUACUUCAAAAGCAUAUCGACGACCGGAAUUUGAGGUCAGCAGACGGUAUAGAGAUUUCCUCUGGCUGUACAAUCAGCUACACAACAAUAAUCCAGGCGUCGUGGUUCCGCCUCCUCCGGAGAAGCAGGCAGUUGGCCGCUUCGAUAGCAACUUCGUCGAGUCCCGGAGAGCUGCGUUGGAACGUAUGCUCAACAAAAUUACAGCUCACCCUAUCCUGCAGCAUGAUGGUGAUCUGAAGAUCUUCCUGGAGAGUGAAUCCUUUAGCCUCGACGUCAAGAAUAAAGAAAACCGAGAACCGGACCUAGGUCAGAACAAGGGCAUGUUCGGUUCAUUAGGCCUCUCCGUAGGUGGGGGCGGGAAAUUCAUAGAGCAUGAUGACUGGUUUCAUGAUCGCAAGAUCUAUCUGGACGCUUUGGAGAACCAAUUGAAAGCCUUGAUGAAGGCUAUUGAUACGGUGGUCGCCCAAAGGAAAGGGCUUGCGGAAGCAGCUGGUGACUUUUCAGCUUCUCUACACGCUCUGGCUUCCGUUGAAUUGUCACCAGCACUCUCGGGCCCCUUGGACAGUUUAUCAGAGGUCCAGCUACGGAUACGGGAGCUCUACGAGCGCCAAGCACAGCAGGACAUUUUGACUCUUGGUAUUACUGUGGAUGAGUACAUUCGGCUGAUUGGGAGCGUUAAAACUGCCUUCUCACAGCGACAGAAGGCGUUCCACAGCUGGCACGCUGCUGAGGCAGAGUUGCAGAAGAGAAGACAUACCCAGGAGAAGCUUCUCCGUCAAGGCAAGACGCAGCAGGACCGUCUCAACCAGAUUAACGCAGACGUAGCCGAUGCGGAACGAAAAGUGCACCAGGCUCGGCUUCUAUUCGAGGACAUGGGUCGAUUGAUGCGAAAUGAGUUGGAGAGAUUCGAAAGAGAAAAGGUAGAGGAUUUCAAAUCGGGGGUUGAGACCUUUUUAGAGAGCGCAGUAGAGGCUCAGAAGGAGUUGAUCGAGUUGUGGGAGACGUUCCUCCUGCAGUUGGAUGCGGGUGAAGAUGGUAAUCCAUUCUACCAACCGCCGGCGCCUGCCACCAACGACGGCGAAGCUGCACCCAAAGGGGAUACUGAGGCGGCUGCAGCAGUGACUAGCGAGCAGCAAGAGUGA